UCUCUGCCGGACCUUGCAUGACAUCAGCGGGGCUGCCAUCCUCUAGGCGCCCUGAGCCUCAUAAUCCAAGCCUCCUCGGUGGUCCUGGCAGCAAGUCCUGCCCAUUCAAGUGGUGACAUUCAUAGAUACAGAUUCUCGCAGAUGUCCUCCGAGAGCACGUUGUCGGAGACCUUCAUCGGCGCCCUGCAGGGCACCAUCUCUGUCCUGCUCACCUGCUUUGCCGGCUAUGUGGUCGCCAGACGUGGCUUCCUGAAUCAGCCCACAGUCAAGCAUAUAUCCAAGCUAUGCACGUCCAUCUUCCUUCCUUCGCUCCUCAUCGUCCAGAUGGGGCCCGAGCUCACCACUGGAUCCCUUUCCAAGUACUGGAUCAUUCCACUCUGGGGUCUGCUUUCCGCUACCAUCGCACACCUCAUCGGCUGGGCAGGUCAGUACCUCUUCCGCCUCAAGCACUGGACCAUCGUCGCCUGCGGCCGUCCUAACUCGAAUGCACUCCCGCUCCUCCUCCUGCAGAGCCUCGAGACGACCGGCAUGCUUGAACAGCUCUCGGGGGACGGAGAAUCGGUCAAGGACACGCUUGGGCGCGCCAAGAGUCUCCUCCUGUUGAACGCCAUUGUACAGGAUAUCAUCACUAUCCAACUUGCGCCGGCCGUCCUGGGGGCAGACAGAAGCAGGAGGGAAAAGGACAAGAGCCCGGAUCGUCUGAAACCUGGACCGGGCAAGCUGUCGGUUGUGCAGGACGAGGAGCGCGCCGGGUUACUGGACGACGUUGACAGCGAGGGAAGCCAGCGUGAUUCUGACAGAGAAAUGGGCGGGGCGCUCGGUCCCAUUGCGGACGUGCCCGACUUGCGGACACCGCAGAGCCUUCGCCCGCUAGAGAAGCCAAUAAAGACAAUGUGGUCCUACAUGAGCGCGCCUCUGAUUGGUGCCAUCAUUGCGUUCAUCUUGGGAAUCCUCCCUCCCUUGCAUGAAGCAUUCCUUUCCAAGCAUGGUGUCAUGUACAUACCCAUCACGCAGGCAGUAAAGAACCUCGGUGAUCUCUUUGUCGUUCUGCAGACAUUCGCCGUUGGCGCAGAGCUCGGGCUUGUGCCCUCAUCGCACCCAGGAUACCGUGCCACAAUUUGGGUGCUGAUGAUCCGGUUCUUGGUUAUGCCAGCCAUUGGCAUGCUCUUCGUGUGGACGACGGCAGGGCGCGGGUGGUAUGUGAGUGAUCCGCUUGUUUGGUUCCUGCUUGUCCUACUCCCGGCAGGCCCAUCGGCGAUGCUGCUGGUCAAUGUGGCGGAGAUUGUGGACAUCGACCAAGGGCCGAUCGUGGGAUAUAUGACGGUUGCGUACUUGCUGGCGCCCUUGAUGGCUGUCGUAUGCGCGAUUGGGCUGGGUAUCGUGAAAAUGCGCUCGGGCUGAUCAUUAGGCCGGAAUGACUUGUGCAAUCGAGUGUUGGAGUAGUUGGUGGGCAAGUCUAGCCAGCAAUCUGGGACGACAAGGAACACUGGAAUACCGUCGACGGAGCGAAAUACGUGUCAUUGCGGCUUUCAGUGCUUCGGUAUUCUGCGGGGAGCAAUUCUUCAUGACUUAUAUGCACUGACGACAUGGAUGACUUUUAGCAUUGAUGUAUAUACCUACGGAUCCAUUUGAUGUAAUAUCUAGCGCAAGUGUACUAUAGUACGCGACAUUACGGCCUCGAGAGUGCCUAAUAAUUGCCGCAAGGCAAUGACAGAUGGUAUGCUUCCAGUCGUUCUG